AUGUGUUUCUUGAUCUUCAAUGGUCUGAAGUCUAGCUCCCCGAUGAUGAGGUGGGACGCGCUAUGUGCCACUCCCUCUCAGCCAUGUUGUAUGUAUACAUCAUGUUGCCUGAUGGAGAAACGCCUAUCGACCACACCAUCAUGCCGAUUGGGGACGUUGAGAGGUGGCUUGUUGGCUACCAUACAGUCUGCAGGGCAAGCAACGCUGAUACUUUGCGUCUAG